AUGCGUGGUAUUUUGCCCGGCCGGCCGCAGGCGAAGCUGCAAGCUGUCUGUCAUGGCUUAUGGGAGAGCUAUCAAGUCAUUGCUUACAUAUCCGGCAACGCGCUUGUAAUUCUCGACCGGCCCAACCACGUCGUUCAAACUAUCUAUGUCGACGAGGAAUUCGACCUGGAGGCGGUCGCGCUCGACGUGGGCACCGGCAAGCUUGCAGUAUGCUCCGCACAGCACAUAUACAUAUACCAGCCAUACGGACAAGAUGAAGGCGUCGUCAAGGGGAGCAUGACCCUACCUGCUUCAGGCGACUCGAUAACGACACUAUCAUGGGGCAUGCCUGACGAGCUACUUGUAGGCAGCGCGUCUCUUACGCUUUUCAACACACAUGGCGAUACCGAGCAGAUAUGGACCCAGCGGCUUGCGAACCCAGUGAAGUUCGCACACUUCUCGCCCGAUGCGGAAUUAAUAGCUUCAACGGGAAGAUAUGAUCGGCUGCUCAAGAUCUGGCGCAGAACAUCGUUUGGCUCAGCAGACCAGCGCUUCGACUACUUCUACCUACCACAUCCGAAGGCGAUCACGGGUCUGCAUUGGCGACAGCAAUAUCACAAGGAACAAUCUGCAGACAAUGUUCUGUACACCAUAUGUGCAGAUCACAAGGUGCGAGUCUGGGUGCCAGGUGAACAUCAUGGCGUAGACGGGAUGCACAUGUGGGCUGAUGUUGAUCUGAUGGAGUCAAUCAUGCCUCGGACGCUACCACUAAACGAGCAACCCAGCAAGAGAUUCGCAUUCUUCAUCGAUGGAGCGCACUUCACCCGUGCAACUGAAAGAGCAAUGCAGCUGGCUUCGGUAGACGAAAAGGACCAUGGCGUCGCGCUGCAUCAUUUGAUGGAAGUGGCCAACCGCAACCCAGAGAUAUGCGUAGUUCUCGAUGACCAGGGAAACAUGUCUGCCUGGGGCUUCGAGAAUGUUGGAACCAAGGCCAAGAGAAUCACCGACGUUUUCAAUGCUGCCCAUGUGGAUGGGUUACAUCUGCAUUUUGCGAGAGAACCUAAAGCUUCCGAGGACAACGUCCAGAUAUAUGCCUUUAUUGGUGAUAAGCCCGACUCCGAACUGACCAUACUCACACAUCACUUCGACGGGCGAAUAGAAUGGCUGGAAUCACGAAUUGACUACCUUUUUGAUCCUUCUGCACAGACGCAACGCAUGCAGCGGCAAGCUGUAUGGACUGGACACUCGCACGCAAUCAAGAAAGUCAACCGCACAGCUAGUGGAAGGGCGCUGGUGUCGAGGACAACUAACGACGAGUGCAUAGAAGGAAACUUUGUUGUCUUUCUCCACUCCGACCGCAUCUCAUUGUGGGAUACACGCGGCCCAGAAGCUAUUGAGGUCACACAUUGCCCGUACACAUUGCAAGGCAAACCACUUUGCUUGCUUGUCAUUCCUGAGACUGAGGCUGGCGGUAGAAGCGUGCACAUCGCGACAAUAAGCUCGGACAUGAAGGGCGUUUGUUGGGAAGUUACAUUGCCACUUUUAGACCGUGACCCGGUCACUGGUCGUAAGCUAUCGAGCAUUCCACAAACAAACGGCCAUGUCAACGGUCACCUGGAAACUUUGUUGGCAGAAUUUUGUAGCUUCGAUCUUGGUUCCGGCGAUGAUCUUGCUUUCGUUUUACCAGUCGAUCCCGCUGGCUCCGCCCCCGUCAUAUCUGGAUUUCUCGACGCUUUCGCACGCGAUGUUGCCAUCUCAUACACCAAAUCUGGGCAGAUCAAAUCAUGGACAACGCGUGUUGAUACAAAGAAACGGAAACUGGACUGGCUCCUCACAUCAUCUGUUGAGACCGGCAUUUCCAACCCGUCGCUUGCUAGUGGUACAUCAAUACGGAAAGCUGCGCUUGCAGACGCAGACAAGACUAGGUUGACUAUCUGGAACACGCGCAGCGCGCAACUGGAGUAUGAAGAAUCGUUCGAAGGCAACGGCGAAAUUCAUGAUCUCGACUGGUCCUCCACACCGGACAACCAGUCAAUUUUGGCUGUCGGAUUCCCCCAUCGAGUUGUCAUCUACGCUCAGCUGCGGUAUGACUAUCUCAACGCGGGACCAUCAUGGGUGCAGAUCCGCGAUGUCCGCAUUCGAGAUAUCACGCCACAUCCCAUCGGUGAUUCGGUUUGGUUAAGCAGUGGCAAUUUAGUCAUUGGAGCUGGUAACCAGCUAUUCAUCCAAGACGAGCAGGUCGAAGUUUCCGAAACACUGUUCCCCAGUCUUCGCACAAUUUCGCGCAAGUCCGCGUCGCUUGAUCUGUUCACAGCUGUGAGUAGGCUCAACGGUCCACUGCCUGUCUAUCAUCCCCAACUUUUGUCGCAAUGCGUCCUUGCGGGGAAGUUGCUACUGGUGCAGCGUAUACUCCUACGACUCUAUCAGAAGUUGAAGUUCUGGAUUGAAGGUGAGGAGCUGGAAAGUUCGUUAAGCUUUGCACCAGAAGACUUCUCUGAGGACGAGUCUGUCACAGAAGAGGUGGCAAGCAAUCUCAAGGAGCUUCUCACCACAAAGCGUAUUCCGCUUCUAUCUAGUCGUGAGCAAUUCCGCCUUGCAGACAUCGUCGAAUGCGUGGGUGUGGUUGAAAAACACCGACGCUCCACCGAUGAUAAUGCUGGUCGUUUCUUGCUCUUCUUCCGCCAGCAUGUACAGAACGAUGCUCAAAAAAGCCCCAUUUCUUGGCGCGAGAUCGUUUGGGCCUUCCACUCUGGCAGUCAGGACAUCCUGGCAGAUCUUGUAAGCCGGCAUUUCAAUGGCAAGAUGCUUUGGCAGCAUGCAAAGGAGUGCGGAAUCUUCAUGUGGAUGUCAGAUAUCAACGCCCUUCGUGCUCAAUUCGAGGUCAUAGCUCGCAACGAAUACACCAAAACUGAAGAGAAGAACCCAGUUGACUGCGCGCUAUACUAUCUGGCAUUACGCAAGAAGCCUGUUUUGUGUGGACUUUGGCGCAUGGCCAGCUGGUCCCGUGAGCAAGGAGCAACGUCACGACUCCUUGCUAACAAUUUCAAUGAAGAACGGUGGAAGACGGCUGCGCUUAAAAAUGCAUAUGCACUCAUGGGCAGACGACGUUUCGAAUAUGCAGCCUCAUUCUUUCUACUGGCGGACCACCUUCAAGAUGCGGUGAGCGUCAUACACAAUCAGCUUGAUGACACACAGCUCGCCAUUGCCGUAGCACGUGUCUAUGGCGGCGAUGAUUCGCCCGUUCUGCUCAACUUCUUGAAGGAGAAAAUCUUGCCUCAAGCUGUCCGAGAGGGAAACCGAUGGCUCGCAACUUGGGCAAACUGGCUACUCGGUCGCCGCGAUACUGCCGUUCGCGCACUCGUCACGCCCUUGUCGACCCUACUCGAUCUUCCUGAGGCCCCAGAUCUCAAGUCCAAGUCUUACCUCACAGAUGAUCCUGCGCUUGUUGUGCUCUACCAACAGCUACGCGAAAAAUCACUGCAAACUCUGCGGGGCGCUAGCAUGGUCGGCAUGCGCGAAGAAUGGGAGUUUGUACUCCACACAGCCAACUUGUACGAGCGUAUGGGUUGCGACGUCCUCGCACUAGACCUUGUCAAGACGUGGGAAUUCUUGCUACCGCCGCCACCCAAGAUCACACCAGGACGACCGCCACUGUCGCCAAUGAUGCCGCGCGAAUCUUUCCAUGCACACGGACCGAAUCAGAGUGCCACGGACUUCGACUUUGACCCACGGAAGUUACUGAGACGGCGCAGCUCGCUUGUCGUCGCUGACCUGCCGACGCGAGAACAUGUUAAGAACGAUCUCGCCGAGUCUAAGGGCACUCUAGAUGAGGCCGAACACGAAGAAAGCGACGAUGAUGAAGAGGAUGAAGAGGAUGAGGUGGAAGAGCAGAAAGAAGAACCAAAGAAGAAGCCGCCGCCUACACAAUUCAAGGAGCCUGACGCGAGUAGUUUGCUGGACGCUUUUGGGUUCUAA